AUGAGCGGUGAUGGAGAUCCGUCCGAGAUGAAGGCUCACGGUGCGUAUGACGCUUACGAGGAUGCCCGGGCCGUAGUGAGGUUGUUCCAAUGCUCGCAAUGUUCCUACCCACUGAGAGAUCCUCUGACAUUACCUUGCGGCAAUUCUCUCUGCAAGCCAUGCCUCCCACCAUUGUACAAACGAGAAAACAUCACAUAUCCACAGAUAGAUGGCCGGUCGGAAGGAUUCCUGUGUCCGUUCAAAGGCUGUGGACUGGAACACUCGGUGGGAGACUGCGGAACCGAUGUGACCCUGAACAAGAUCAUGCAUGUCAUCAGGACCUAUGUUACCCAAAACCAGACAGAUUCACCCGGGGUGUCGCUGUUGCUGGAAGAGAAAUUGGACUGGCCCAGCGUGAGGGAGAGUUCCAUCGACGUCAUGCCCAGGUCACGUGUCCUACCAGGUGGCCGAAUCCUCGCAACAUACGUUCUGGCAGACAUGGGCGAGCUCCAUUACCAGUCGGACGUCGUCUAUACGCCAGCCGGUCCGAGUGCUGAAGAUAAACUGAUCCGAGAACGGGAUAUUACGACGUUGUCAGCGCUACAAGAGGUGGUUCAAGCCGAGCUGGAGUGUCAGGUGUGUUAUCAAGUUAUGCUCGACCCCCUGACGACGACCUGUGGCCACACCUUUUGUCGAAAAUGUUUCGCCCGUGCCAUGGAUCACGCCAACUACUGUCCAAUGUGUCGUCGCCGUCUACCACUCUUACCCAGUGUAGUGAGUGAACCGAGCAACAAGAGAAUCAGCUUCUUACUUCAGCAUCUGUUGAGCGACCUAUCGGAGGCGAGAAAGGCUGUUGCAGAGCAAGAGGACGCUGUUGACGAGGAUGGCCACUUGCCAUUGUUCCCUUGCACGUUGGCUUAUCCACAAAUGCCAACCUUCUUACACAUCUUCGAACCACGGUAUCGACUGAUGAUCAGAAGGGUAAUGGAAAGUGGUUCGCGAAAGUUUGGCAUGCUAAUGUAUCGACCGUACACACCUCCCUCGGGAGAGGCACAAUACAUGCCAUAUGGCACUAUCCUGUAUAUUGAGCGUUUGGAGAUGCUACCGGAUGGUCGGAGUCUGAUAGAGACUAGAGGACUCUACAAAUUUCGCGUUGUCGAGGCCUCGCUGCUUGAUGGCUAUCUCAUUGGAAAGGUCCAACGGAUCGACGACAUCCCUGUGCAUGAAGAAGAGGUCAUCGAGGCUCGAGAGACGAGUACCGCCGCGCCCCCAGACGCCGACGAGCAAACUCAAAUCCAGCACCUGUCAACACAACAACUACUGGAUAUGAGUCUGGAAUUCGUGGAGCAAGCUCGUUCCCAGUCUGCACAAUGGCUCCACCAACGAGUAUUGGCAGCUUACGGCCAACCACCUUCCGAUCCGGCGAUCUUCCCUUAUUGGUUAGCCAGUGUGCUACCUAUUGCACAGACGGAAAGAUACACUCUGUUGCCGGCGACGAGUGUGAGGGAGCGACUGAAGAUUACAGCAUCAUGGGUGCAGCGUCUGGAACGCGCCAGGCAGUAA